CAGUUCUCUUCGUUAAGCUUAUUAUGCUUCUAUCACACGGGCUGUGAAUUUUAACCUGAGUUGAUUGCCUGGGGACCACUAACUGCGCUGGCCGUAGACUUAUUUCAUUCACAGCACACCUUUAAAAAUGCCUCAAUCUCAGAACAAGACACAGGCCAAUCAACAUGGAGACUCAGAGGCUUCAUCUCUGUUGGCUCCAGCGGCUGUCAACAGGGAAGACUCUUCAGAAACAUCCUCAGAAACAAGCCCAGACUCCGAGUCAACAGUUUUAGAAAAGUUACAAAACUUUUACUCCCGAAACAUCGGUCUAUUCUACGUCCUAGUCGCCCAAUUAUUCGCCUCAAUCAUGUCUAUGACAACGCGGCUUCUUGAAACGGGGUUUGAAACAAAGUUCCACGCUUUGCAGAUCAUAUUCGUCCGAAUGCUGGCUACUGCGUUGAUUGGCUCUGUUUAUAUGUGGGUUAAAAAAGUACCGAAUUUUCCUUUUGGGCCGAAGGAGGUUAGGGGUUUGUUGGUGUUGAGAGGCUUUGCGGGAUCAGCUGGGCUUUUUGGGCUUUACUACUCACUGUCGUAUCUUGACAUAUCUGAUGCAACAGUCAUCACUUUCCUUGUCCCGACCCUCACUGCCUUCAUUGCAUGGGUCGCGCUGCGCGAACCAUUCACCAUCAAAGAAGCAACCGCAGGCUUUAUCGCCUUCGCAGGUGUUCUCUUCGUCGCCCGCCCAGCCUUCCUCUUCCCCGAAAGCUGGCGAACAUUAUCGGAAUUGGAAUCCCGUUCCGUAGACUCGGAUUUCACUGCUGACGGUGGUAUCUUGCCACCGGUAAAGGCUACACCACAAGAACGCACCAUUGCUAUUCUUUGCGCGAUCUUUGGUUCCUUUGCAGCAGCCACGGCGUAUGCGACUAUCCGCGUGAUCGGUAAGCGGGCUCAUUCACUCGUCAGUGUUAACUACUUCGCUGUGCUUGCGACCGUGAGUUCAUUCCUCAUCAUCAUGAUUCACCCUGAUCUUCAGUUUGAGAUUCCGAAGACUAUCGCUGAAUGGUGUCUACUUCUCUCGAUUGGUAUCUCGGGCUUUCUGCUCCAGCUUCUCCUCACAGAAGGUCUUCAGCGGGAAAAGGCUGGUCGAGCCACCAAUCUUAUCUACGUCCAAAUGGUCUUCGCGCUGAUCAUCGAGCGAAUCGUCUGGGGAACUACUCCUCCAAUCACGAGCUUCAUCGGCAGUGCUCUCAUCAUUGGUUCAGCUAUCUGGGUCAGCCUUCAAAAGAAAGCUCCUGCUGAACCAAGACCACUUCUUGACGAGGAGAGAAGACAGCAAUAGUAUGAGGAAGCUCUGCCACAAUGUCUAUUGAUGGGGAAGAUCUUACAGACUACCGAAGGGAAAGACAAUUUUCCAUGCGGCAUGGAACAUACACGAAAAAAGACUGCGGAUCAGACGUCUCGGUUGCAGCUGCGUGCUUGCGAUAUAGAUAAUUCAUGUACAAACUAAUCACAUCGCAUAUAUAGAAAAGUUUUAUUUGUCAAUUAACAACCAUUGUCUAGCCUGGGGAAAAUCUCUCCUUCG